CAUAUAACUACAACGUAUCGUCCACCUACUUUACGUUUAUCUCUUUUAUUUAUUUCUUAAAAAAGAAAGAAAAUGGUCUUGAUAACCACCGCGACGACUACGCCCGUCAAUCCCCCCGGGGCACAGCCUAUUCUCACCCACGCCGAGCUGUGGGCCACGUUGGUCUCUAAGGCUCGCCACCCGGAGCCGUUUGUGUCAGCGAUCGAGCGAUCCCGGAUCAUACACGAGCACGCGGACGGGCUGACGCGCUCUGUGCUCUUCAAGGGACAGGACAAGGAGAUCGAAGAGGAGAUCCGCUACAUAGGGAGCACGACGGUGGAUUUCUUUGUUUCCACGGGCCAACAUAUCACCAACACCAUUUCCGGGGGGGACUCGGGGGAUCCCGCUGAUUUGUACCUUACUUUCACCUUUGAAUGGCCGCAUCCUGACGUGGAGGCGGGCAGUCAGCAGGAGGAGGAGUUGAGGGGGAGAUAUGCGGCGAUGGGGAGACAGGUUGUGCCGCAUACGGUGGCUGUUGCGAGGGAGCGAAUCAUACAGGAGGAGGAAAGUUCCACAAACCUCCGCUCUCGCCAAGACGCCCUGCACGAGCUGACUGCAGGGGGUGGGCUACGCGGAAACCGUUGAUCAGCGGAGGGG